UUUAUGGAGACUUGGAUGUCUAAAUCUCCUAGACAGCCUUGAAAAUCUCAGCCCUGUUAAAAAGUGAGUGUAAAUCUAAAGCUCCAUCCCAACUCUUCCCAGACAUCUCGGUGGCUGGUUUCCUGUAAGAUAUUCACUACCUACAUUCAAGACCAAUGGUGUCAUUCAGAUUUAAUUCAUGCCAUGAAAUUUCCUUCUUCCAUGCUGCUCACUCUUAUUAUCCUGGCAGGUAUGGUUUCAUGCACCCCUGUAUAAAUGGCUGAGGGCAAUCAUAGCACGGUGACCCAGUUCAUCCUCCUGGGGCUGACGGAUCGUCAGGAGCUACAGAUACCCCUCUUCAUGGUGUUCCUAGUGAUCUAUUUUCUUACGCUGGUGGGGAAUCUUGGAAUGAUUGUGUUGAUCAGAGUUGAUCCCCGACUCCAUACCCCCAUGUACUUCUUCCUUGGUAACCUGUCUGUUGUUGACCUCUUCUACUCCUCAAUCUUCGCUCCAAGGAUGAUGGUGAAUUUCUUAGUGAGGAGUAAAAGCAUUUCUUACUCUGCCUGUAUUGCCCAACACUUCUCUUUUGUUGUGUUUGUGACCACAGAAGGGUUCCUGCUGGCAGUGAUGGCAUAUGACCGCUAUGUAGCCAUCUGUAACCCUCUGCUCUACACUGCUGUUAUGUCUAAAAGAGUCUGUAUUCAUCUAGUGGCCAGCUCAUAUGUAGGGGGGCUCGUGAACUCACUGACCCACACGUGUGGCUUGCUGAGGUUGUCAUUCUGCGGGCCCAACGUCAUCAAUCAUUAUUUUUGUGACACUAACCCAUUGCUGAAGCUCGCCUGCUCUGAUCACCACAUCAAUGAGAUUUUGCUUGUAACGUUCUCUGGGAUUAUUGCCAUGUCCACCCUCCUGAUUGUUAUAAUCUCUUAUCUGUACAUCCUCUUCUCUAUCCUGAGGAUCCACUCUGCCAAGGGCAGGCGUAAAGCCUUCUCCACCUGUGCCUCUCAUCUGACAGCUGUCACCAUGUUCUAUGGACCUGUCAGCUUAAGCCACAUACAACCCAGUUCCAGCUACUCACUGGAACAGGAGAAAAUCUCUGCUGUGUUUUAUACCCUGCUGAUCCCCAUGUUGAACCCCCUGAUCUACAGCCUGAGGAACAAGGAGGUUAAGGAUGCUCUUAAGAGGGUGAUAGACUGGAAAAACAUUCUCAGCUAAUUUGUUCACCAUGACAAUUCCAGUCAAUUGAGAAGAACAAUUGGAAGAAGGAUCGUAGUAUGGUCUAUGUGUCACUGCCUUGGUUUGUG